AGGUGUAAUUCAUUUGUGCUUUCCCUCACCUUUUAUCUUUCAUGUCUUUCUGCCAAACAACUAUCUAAGGAAUGUCACCCUGACCCCCCAACCUCUCAGAAAAGCCUUGGUGCCUUCUCACCCCACCCCCAGCCUGAGCACCAAACCCUGCAUCCUGCAGUUUAGGGUUAGUGGUGGUGAUCAGUGUGUUAGUGGAGCUUUGUGAUGUGAGUGGGAAGAGGGAUGGGGGUGGGAGUAAGCAAUGUGGAAUGCUGUUCCUCUGGAGGGGGGGAUGGGUUGAAGGUUAUCCUCAUCAGGUUUACCUCUCAAACACGGCAAAAAGACAAUGCAGCAUUAAGGCAAGAGUGAUUUGCAGGACAAUGUGUGCAAACUGCUCCGGUGAGUGGGAACAGCAAGCUUUGUAGUGCUUGUCUGUUUAUCAGGUGAGGCAUAGUGAUCACCUUAAAAUACCUGAUAAGUGCGGUCGAGUUCUGAUAGUAUCACACAGUGAAAAAUGGACGGGGGUUGUUCUCAUGGGUCAAAGUCUCCACACGCUCUGUUUAGAGGUGACUUUGUAACUGCAGUGGUAUAGGAAGUUUUAAAAGAUACAAUUAUCACAAUUUAUUUCUUACCAAGUAUAUUAGCAAUGGGGAAAUCAUUGUAACAUUCAUUUAUUCUUUUCUGGUUCCAGUCUUCUCAACUAUUUAUCAUGAUCAUUCCACAUUUGAAAGUUCCCAAUCAGUAACAAAGUCCCACCAUGUUUCAUUUCAGAGCAAGUUGCACAUGGAAGGCUUCCGCAGCCUAAAGGAGGGCGAGGCAGUCGAAUUUACCUUCAAGAAGUCAUCAAAGGGCCUCGAGUCGCAGCGAGUUACCGGUCCAGGUGGCAUCCACUGUGUAGGCAGCGAGAGGAGACCCAAAGGCAAGAAGGUCCAGAAGCGACGCUCGAAGGGAGACAGGUGCUACAACUGUGGAGGCCUGGACCACCAUGCCAAAGAGUGCAAGCUACCACCCCAACCCAAGAAGUGCCACUUCUGCCAGAGCAUCGAUCACAUGGUUGCCACAUGCCCAAUCAAAGCACAGCAGUCCUCACCGGGUUCUCAGGGAAAACCGUCUUCUUUGAAAGGAGACAAGGAGGAGCACAGCCCUUCAGCACCACCUCCCGAGACCUCCGAUUAAACGAGGGAUCUGACGUCAGGGAAGCACAGAGGCCAAUCAAACUGCUUUGAUGGAGAGGAGGGACACAUGUUCCCCUUCCAGCUGUUGAAGCUGCUUUUGGAACUACCUCAGGUUAAAAAAAAAAAAUUACUCAUGAAGAAUGUUGCUGAAGAUUUUUUUUUUUUGUUCGUUUCAUUUGGUGUAACACUCAGGAAUUCUGCUUUUUAUUGCACUCAGGACGCUUCCUCAAUGUAUAAAUCACUGCUGUUGUUUUAAUUGGUUAGGGAGUGUAGUGAGCAAUGCUGUAUAACGGAUGGUCUUCAUGCGUUUUUGCUUUUUUCUUUUCUGUGAUACUCCGCCAUUAUACCUCUUCUGUUUUUUGGAGUAAUACUCAUUUUGUUUAGUGUAGAGCUACACUUUUGCUGCCUUACCAUUUCGUUUUCUUCCUGACUGCUACGUGUCACUAUCCGACAAGGCAGAGAUGUAACAGUUAGUACCUCCGUAAUGAAUGUUAGUUUGCAUAUUGCAUGGGGACUGGGAGGGUUUGUGAAAAAACAUGGGACGGGUUUAAGGGUAUAGCUAUAGGCAAUGUAUUGGCAUCUGCCGAUAUUGCAGUUGACCAUCCAGGUUUCCUAGGGCCAAAUGAAUGUCCGACCAGAGGUGGUUUCCAGC